AUGGGCUCUCGUCUUGAUGCUACUUCUAGCGCAGUGCGCAAACGUAUUGAGAAUCAUGACUUUAACGAUGAAGGGGGCGAAGAAUACGAGGCAUCUGCCUUUGGCGGAUUUGGGGACUAUAUGCGUCGCAAGAAAAUCAAACUCCAGAAUCUAGAUGCGGAAAUUCGAGCCUCAGCUGGUGAUCGUCCACCGAUAUUUCGCGGUAUCGUCAUGCACGUCAACGGCUACACACAACCCUCUCUCCAGGACCUCCACCGUCUGAUUGUCAGUCAUGGUGGUGGAUUCCUACAAUAUCUGGAUGGCAAGACAGUUGCGACCCACAUCAUCGCUAGCUCUUUGACUCCAAAGAAACGCGAAGAGUUCCGACGAUACCGAAUUGUGAAGCCCGCGUGGGUAACCGAAAGCGUGAAAGCCGGGCGGCUGCUUCCUUGGGAUGAAUUUCGAGUCGUAGAUGAGGGCCAGACUCAGAAAGUGCUGAAAUUCAAUGAUGGCCGCUUCACCAGUCAAACGAACAGUCCACAAGUGGGCUACAAGGAGCAAUCUAGCACGAGUUGGUAUAAUUCUCAACUUAAAGCUAUGAGCGCGGAAUUUAACACGCCAUCUAAGCCACCGCAGCCAGCUCCUCCACGACCUGCAAAGUCGACUGAGACCACUCAGUCAGACUACGGCGACUUUCCUAGCCUUGAGUCAAUGGAUGGCCAAGAUGGAGCCACCACUCCUCAUCAAGCCAAGGAAGAUACGCCUUCCAACAUUCAGACACCAGCGCCUGAUAUUCCUCAUGAAGAGCCCAGCAACUUACUUGUAUCUCACAGCAAUUUGCAGACGUCGCCCUCAGAACAGGCCAUUGCUGUUAACCCAAAUAUGACCUCUGAAGAAUAUAACGCGCAACUUUUAUCCGAUCCUCGAAUGAGGAAAGCAAGUGUCGUCAAUCCAGAAUUCUUGCAACAAUAUUAUCGAGAAUCGCGACUUCAUCAUCUAUCAACAUGGAAGGCCGAGCUAAAGGCACAACUCCAAGCGGCAACCAAAGAAAAGGCCAUUUCUCUUGUGGCUCAGAAAAAACCCGUGGCUGGUGCAAGACGAUAUAUACUCCACGUCGAUUUUGAUUCCUUCUUUGCUGCUGUCUCGCUCCUCAAACAUCCCGAGCUUCGAGAUAAACCCGUUGCUAUUGCCCACGGUCCUGGCUCGGGUUCUGAGAUAGCAAGCUGCAACUAUGUGGCUCGUGGACGGGGCAUAAAAAAUGGUAUGUGGAUGAAAGGCGCGAUGCAGGCGUGUCCCGAACUCCAGGUGCUGCCCUAUGACUUUCCAGCCUACGAAGAUGCCAGUCGGAAAUUUUACAGCUCUGUUCUAUCUAUAGAUGGAACUGUUCAGAGUGUGAGCAUUGACGAAGCUCUCAUUGAUAUCACUACUCUGUGUUUGGAAGCUGGUGGCUCGGAUGGGAGGGGCAUAUCAGAGGGUUCUAUAUAUCGCGAACAAGCCAAAGCAGAAGAGAUAGCCCAAAGUUUGCGGGAUUCUGUUAAAGGGAAGACCGGGUGUGCAGUCUCUGUGGGCAUUGGCAACAACAUUUUGCUGGCCAAAGUCGCCCUGAGAAAGGCAAAGCCAGCUGGGCAGUUUCAGCUGAAGCCGGAGGCUGUCCUGGACUUCAUCGGAAAUCUUACAAUGCAAGAUCUUCCGGGUGUUGGCUAUAGUCUCAGCAACAAGCUUGAGGAGCUUGGAGUCAAGCUUGUGAAGGAUGCGAGAGAUCUCACGAAGGAAAGGCUGAUCGGCAGCCUGGGACCGAAAACUGGAAUCAAGAUGUGGGAAUAUGCUCGGGGCAUUGAUAAGUCUGAAGUUGGCAACGAAGUCAUCAGAAAAUCCGUGUCGGCAGAAGUCAACUGGGGUAUUCGAUUCGUCAAUCAGGGCCAGGCGGAAGACUUUGUCAGAUCUCUUUGCGAAGAGCUGAACAAGAGACUUGUUGAAAACUUGGUCAAGGGCAAACAGCUCACACUCAAAGUCAUGCGACGCUCAAUGGAUGCGCCACUCGAGCCAGUGAAGCAUCUCGGCCAUGGAAAAUGCGAUGUAUUCAACAAAAGCGUUGUCCUAGGCGUGGCAACCAAUGCAACUGACACCCUGGGCAAAGAAGCCGUCUCGAUGUUACGGAGUUUCAACAUUUCUCCAGGCGAUCUACGCGGCCUCGGGGUUCAAAUGACCAAACUUGAGCCCCUCAAGGCCGGCCCUGCAGCAAUCCUCGAGAGUAGCCAACGUCAACUCAAUUUCCAAACGUCCCCAUCUGGCAAGCAAAUGCAGACUCCAUCUCGCAAGCCACACAUUGUGACUGCCGAUCCUGAUGAACUGGAAAGUCCGCACAAGGACCAAUCCACUCGAAUUCAAGUCGAUCCAAUCCUCAGCAACAGUGCUCACAAGCCCUUGAACAUGUCCGGGUCUCAAUUUAUCAUGCCAACCCAAGCGGAUCCCAAGGUUAUUUCGGAACUUCCCAGUGAUAUCAGAUCAAGACUGGUCGCUCAAAAGCCCCGACAAGACUCACGUUCUGGGUCGCCAUGCCCUCCUCCACGUCGAGCGCCAGAACUUGCCGCCGCAGACCUCCCUCCUCACUCUCAAUUGGAUCCUGAAACUUUAGCUGCAUUGCCAGAUGAUCUGCGAAAUGAGAUCUUGGGGUAUUAUAACCAGCUUGCGUCGUCUGAGCCACCAGCACCUCAACCCCCAGUUGUAUCCGCCCCCACCUUGUCUAAUCCGAUUCCUGCUGCACGAUCACUUGAGCCGAGAAGGCCAGUCUCGCCGCCCAAAAAGCGGCGAGGCCGUCCUCCAAAAUCGGCAAGUGCCAGCAAUAAGACUCUGAAGCAAACGGGCUUCGGUUUCGGACGGCCAGCGACUACCUCUGUCUCGUCUAUUCAAGAUCCCCCAUCUAGACAACAGUCUCCAGCCGUUGAGGAACAGCUCGAAGCCUCGGCCGAGUUCCUGGCCGCCUUACCAGAAGACAUUCGCCAAGAGGUCCUCGAAGAGCAAAAGCGUAACCGCAUGCUCCAACGCUCCCGUGUCGCCCCUGCAACAAAUUCCCGACCAACAUCUCAGCAACGGAAUACACCUGAGCCUGCCCCUGUCCCUGCCCCGGUAGAGAAACGACUUCCUCUUCCUCCUCUCCCCGAGCGACCAGUCUUCACCUCCAAGCGUCUAUCCACCCUCCCAGACCUCCGUGACGCCGUCGGUGCUUGGUAUUCUGCCUUUGCUAGUGAUGGUCCAUAUUCCGAGGAUGCCGAGGUUCUGUGUACCUACCUUCGACGGGUCGUUGCCGAAGAGAAGGAUAUUGAGAAGGCCGUCUCUGUGGUGCGCUGGCUCAGGUGGCUUUUUGAUGAAGACCAGGGCCCGCAGGAAUCUGCAGAUAAUCAAAGUCCAAAAUCUGGACAAGGCGUUGUGACUUGGGCAGAUGCAAUUGGCACUAUGCAGAGAAGUAUACAGAGCGCUUUGGAUAAGAGGGGGCUGCCACCAGUGGACUUUGAAUAG